CACAUCACAGCAGUAUUGAAAAAAAAGAACCUCAAGUUGAAAUCUGAAGGUGGAGAGAGAGAGAGAGAGCUGCUUCAUGCCUCUCUCUUCAUUCCUCCUUGGACAAAAUUCAAAAUCCAUACUUAAAACCCUAGUUUUUUCCAAUCAAUUUCCCCCAAAAUUGUUUGGGGAAAUUCAAUUUUUCAAUUGGGGGAAAUAAACCUAGAAGCAUGAGUAGCAGGAGAGAAGAAGAGAGGAACGAGAAGAUAAUAAGAGGGCUUCUCAAGCUCCCUCCAAAUCGCAAAUGCAUCAACUGCAAUAGCUUGGGUCCCCAGUAUGUGUGCACAAACUUUUGGACCUUUGUCUGCAUGACAUGCAGCGGAAUACAUCGUGAGUUUACUCACCGUGUGAAGUCAGUUUCCAUGUCUAAGUUUACUUCCCAAGAAGUGGAAGCUCUUCAACAGGGUGGUAAUCAGCGGGCCAGAGAGAUAUAUUUAAAAAGUUGGGACCCUCAAAGUCAGUGGCUUCCUAAUAACAGCAAUGUUGAUAAAGUGAGGGAAUUUAUAAAGACUGUCUAUGUUGAUAAAAAAUAUGCUGGGGCGCAGUUCUCUGAUAGACCUCCUAGAGAUACCCAGAACUUGAGAAACCACGACGAUGAUAUGAGGAGAGCAAGUUCUUAUCAUUCCUAUUCUCAAAGUCCACCAUAUGACUUUCAGUAUGAAGAACGACGUUAUGGGAAAAAUGCACCAGCACUCACUAGAAAGCCAGGAUCAGAUCGGGGACUUUACGAAGGAAAGGUGUCGAGUUUCUUGAGUCCUAGUCGUUUAAGUGAUCAUAUGUAUGAUGAUAGGUUUGGUAAUGAAGGAUCUAAUCCCAGAGCUUCAGAUUACUCUGUGUCUAGUGGUGGUGAUCCAUUCAGGUCUGUCGCACAGAGCCCCAACUUUCAGAGAGGCAUCGGAAGUCCCUUAAGUGACACCUCAAGGGAUAUUUCAUACGAAGAUGUACGGCAUGUCAAGAAAGAUGCUGGAAGAAUAUUACGAGCACAGAGAACUGCAUCUUCUGGAAGUUUUGAAUCGUUCGACAGCAAUUCCUUGUCAUUUAAGUCUGUAAAUUCUGUUUGUUUAGCGGAUGCUGUUUCAGAAUCAAAUCAAACAAUAGAGACUCACUCUAGUAAAUUGUCAACUUUCCCCUCUUUGCCACGAUCAUCGGGACCCAGAAAUCCAGAUGGCCCUGAUCUAUUCAAUGCUCCCUCAGUUCCUCAAAACGCUCCACCUUCAGUUUCAACAAAGUCUCGUCUGCCAGUGUCAUCAUUUCAGCCAUCCGUUUCUGCUGGUCCAAUUGGUAAUUCACAUCAACCAUCGCUCACUCUCCCACCUUCAUCUUUGGACUUUUUCUCGGAGGUGCCAAACCUGCCUUCAGCUGCAAGUGCUGAUGAAAAACCAUCAUGUGAAGUCACUUCCAAAAAUGAAGGAUGGGCAACAUUUGAUAUGCAGCGGCAUGCAGCAACAACAGGCAUCGAACAGUUCACCCUGGCACCAACACCUGCUUAUGGCCAUAAUUCUUUUGACAUUUUACCUGAAACGACACAGCAACAAUUGGUCACUGAGAAGUCAUUGGAUGUGGAUGAUGGAUGGGCAACAUUUGAUGUGCCUCAGCACGUGACAUUCACUGGAAGUAAUAACUUUACCUCCAACAAGAUUCAAUUAAAGGGUGAUUCUCAAUCGAAUUCGGACCCAACUUUCUCCGUCAUGCAAUGGCCAUCACCUAUGGAAUCUGCCCCUCAUGGGCCAGCCGUUAGAGACUCCACUGCUUGUGCAUUAGAUUUAUCAAUGCCUGCUCCAUUUCAUGGAGGUGUGCUGAAUGUUGAAGUAACUCCAAGUGCAAGAAGUACUGACUUGUGGAGUGCCUUUGAUGUUUCUAAUGACCACUUAGCUCUCAAGAGUUUGCCUAAUAGUAAGGAACAAGUUGUAAUGAACCAUGAUCUAGUUGAUGAUCAGUACAUGGGCUUAAGAGGAGUAGAGAAUGUAGCGACAGGUCAAAUUCAAAGAGCUGUGCUGGAUAGUGGAUAUCCUAUUACCAGUUUUCCAUCAUAUGUCAGUGCCUCAUCCUCUGGAUUGUCCACUCUUCCUGUAGCGACAGGAGUGCAUUCACAUGCAAAUGAGCAGAAGUCCAACAACCCAUUUGAUCUCCCUUACGAUGCUGACAUGGAAUGCAGCAAUAUGCCGCAGUACUGGGACAUGAGCUCAUUACAGGCUGCAUUGCCAAGUGAUGGGAUGUCAUCUUCUUUUGUUGGUGGUGUGACCGAAUCUUGGUUUCCUCAGAACCCAGCAACAGCUUAUGGUCCUGCUGGACAGCAUGGAACAUUAUUUGUUUCCUCACAACCAGCUGGCAAUCAAAUAUCGAAUGUGCCGACACACGGUCAAGUUGCUGCUAUUGGCGGAAAUCCAUUUGCAUAGGAUUGUAUUCAACUAGUUGUUGGAUCAGCUAGAUCAUCAUUUCAACUUUUAGAUUCCUAUGUAUUUCAUGUCUUGACCAUGUUUGUAUUUUAAAAAAAAAGAGAAUGAGAGACAACUAGGCAGAAAUUACCAAAUUUCAAAGGCUUGCCUUUUCUUGUUGAGGCCUACAGUGUGUUCUGAUACUAUGGUUGAUGUGAUUAUGGCUGAAAUGUUUUGAGGAUGUCCUUGUUGGCUA